AAAGCAAAACUUGGUAUGUCGAAAUUACCUAGUUGGGCCUUAAUAAAGGAUCAGUCUCAGUCCACAGAAAAGUCACCUCGCCGAAGAUCACACAUAGCCCAACCCAAAACCCUAAUUCUACACCGGCGCGGGGGAAAAGUGCUGCAAAACAAAACUUUGGAACCAGAAUUCAAGGUAUAUUGUUCGACCUUAAAAUCAAUCGUCGAAGGGUUUUAUUUGCUUGCUGCUGAAGAUCUUAGAUUUUCUCUUUCCUCCGUUUCCAGAAUGUUCAAGAAGUUUUCCACUGAAGAGGUGUCUGCACAAAACCAAGUGAAGGCAUCAGUCCAGCGCAAAAUUCGGCAAAGUAUUGCAGAUGAGUACCCUGGGCUCAAACAAGUGUUGGAAGAUUUGAUUCCUAAGAAGUCUCCUCUAAUUGUGGCUAAAUGUCAGAACCAUCUCAAUUUGGUUGUGGUAAACAACGUGCCACUAUUUUUCAACAUUCGUGAUGGACCAUAUAUGCCUACCCUAAGACUUCUUCAUCAGUAUCCAGAUAUAAUGAAAAAGUUGCAAGUAGACAGGGGUGCCAUUAGGUUUGUUCUCUCUGGUGCAAACAUAAUGUGUCCAGGUCUUACUUCUCCUGGAGGUGCUUUGGAUGAUGAAGUGGGAGCAGAAACUCCUGUGGCAAUCAUGGCAGAAGGGAAGCAACAUGCUCUCGCAAUUGGUUUCACAAAAAUGUCAGCAAAAGAAAUAAGAGAUAUCAACAAGGGAAUCGGAGUUGACAACAUGCAUUAUCUUAAUGACGGUCUUUGGAAGAUGGAACAUCUGGAUUGAGGAUAUUGAAGACUAACCGUGGUAUCACCAACAAGACAUGAAGAAAUUUAUGUUAAAGUUUCAUCAAUGUGGUGUCGACUUCUCGGUCUUUCGAGUGUUAGAUCGGAGCUUAAAGAGUUAAUUGUAUACCGUAUUCGGAAUUACAUGUUUUGUAUUUGUAUGUGGAGUGAUCAACUUGAUCGAAUAUUUCACCCCUUAAUCAAAUUCGUUGUAAGAUAGUCGUAUCCAUUAUGUUACACAGUUCACAUGUACUUCUCUUAUGUUUUAUGUAAGAUGUGAAUUCUCAACUCCCAAGCAGAUGUUCUUGAGAUCUCCAGUGAAGGAAUAUAUUUUUUUGGAAUGAACAAAAUUACGAUA